GACUGCCUCUGCCUAUCAGGCAGCUCUGACACACACUCCUGCUCAAAUUCUGUCCUUUGCGCUUGGAGUCUUAUCUCCUCCUGUAGCUCCACCAGCGUUCUACCACUGUAUUCUGGAAUUCUGAGUGUCUGAUGAAGGCUUCAGGAAAGCACACAACUAAGAAGCCUGUCCAGUCUGAAGACAAUCAGACUACAACAUUUGGUUUGUGUCUUGUGCUGUUGAGACGCCAUCAUUCCUGCCUGUCAGGCGGCCAAUAAACGAAACCAGAGCAGAAACCCAAAGCAAGCAGCCAAAUCAGCAGAGAACAAGUUUCACUGGAUCGUACCUUAAUGUCAGUGGAAACUCUCAGGCCCUCAUCCGGGCGUAUAGUGGUGGCCCCUGUCACCACUGCUACGCCCAUUCGCUUGCGCAACAAAGGGCCUGACUACUUCCGGCGCCCAGAAGCUCCUGAGGUGGGCCGACCCAGUGCUGUGGAGCGUCUGGAGGCGGACAAAGCCAAAUAUGUUAAGAGCCAUCAAGUGAUACGUACCAAACAGGAGCCUGUUUGCGCCCCUGCGACGCCCACCCGCCACCCAGCUAGGACCACAAGCCCUCAGACCACACCCAACCGACCUAUUAUAACCCACACAAAGGCUCAGAAUAAACCGACACCCCCAUUACCCACAAUUCCUAGCCCCAAGGUCACAGCUGUUAUUUCACUGGCUCCAUCUUCCCGACUGUCACGGCCGCCCCCCCACAGGCCACUGGUUUCAACCAAUUUACCGCAGGCCAUCACCCGUAAGACCAAACGCCCGGAAACACACAGCGGCUCAGUGCUCAACUUGGAGACCCUCAGUAACCUUAUCAAUGUGUCUGAUACGCCUCCACCUUCCAUCACCCCCACCCCGACCUCGCCCCUCACUCCCGAUGACCUCGUCACAAGUGAUUCCCCUUCCACCUUUCUAGGCAGCCUGCCUGGGUUCACUGAGCCAAACUGCACCCCACCGCUAAGUCCCCCUGUAGUGGCAGUGCGCAGAGUGGACGUGCGGCCCCCACGCGCCCAGGCGCCGCCUCUCCGAGUGCAGCUGCUGCAGCACCCACAUCCGCACCCCUCUGUCCUGUCGCCACCCCCCGCAUCGCCUGCAUCCACCUGCUCGCUACAGCGCUCCAAGUCAGACCUGAGCGAUCGAUUCUCCCGAGUGCCCGCUGACCUGGAGCGAUUCUUCAACUAUUGUGGCCUGGACCCCAGCGACAUGCAGGGCCUGGCCUGGACUGGUUCAGACAUCACCUCACUCUCCCGUCUCCGCAGUGCCAGUGCACCGGGCUCCAAGCACGGUGGCCCAUCGCAGGACGGUGACCAGGAGCCUGACGAAGAGGGUCCUCCCACGAGCCGUGUGCCCUAUGGCAUGUCAGUCAUUGAGCGGAAUGCUCGUGUCAUCAAGUGGCUCUACGGCUUGCGGCAGACAAUGUAACUGUGUCACAUUUCUGGGGCAGUUUGACGAAAAUGCACCUUCUCUCCUGACAUGCAGGCAGCGAAGUCUCUAUAUUUCGGGCCAAGCUAACCCACUAAAUUCACACUGUGAGAGAGUAAAAUGUUGCUCUGAUAUGUACAGUAUCUAUGUAUGUAUGUCUUAUUUAUAAACAUUACAUCAGUUGUUGAUAUAAAAGAAUCCAAACACAAGCUGCUGAGAUAACGCUAUGGUAGAGCACUGCUUUUCAUCUCAACGUUACUAAGCUAACGUUUCAUAUUCUGCUGUGACAAUGGGGACAUUGAGUCAAUAGGUACUGAAGACAAAUAAAGGUGAGGCAGGGAGGAGAAGCUGAAAUGCUGGAGGCUUCAGCCGCCUCCGUUUAUUCCAAAGGCCACUUCACAGCAGCGAGGCAGAAGGAUGAGCUUUUCAGCAGGAUCUUUCGAUGACAUCCUUGAGACUAUGCAGAAAGACUUUUCUUGUUCUUGUCAUCAUUUUUUUUUUAAAUCUGAAGAUAAGAUAGAAUUCUCCUCACUGCAUUUUCCAUGUGAAUUAACUUGUAAAUAUAUCCAGGUGUCCCUGAAUAAGUUUCGGCUGAAUACAUUUCUUUGCUGGAUUGGCUGAAUAAGGGCCGUGCACAUUUUGCAUUUAUAUGUAAAUAAAGCAUCAAAACCUUUUUUUUGAAAAAA